AUGCAAUUCAGCAUCGUAGCAGCAGCCUUGGCCAUGCUUGCCUUUGCACUGACAACCACCGUGGGCGCAUACCGUCGUUGGAACAAGGCAAACAGUCCUUGGGGGUUCCCGGGCCCGGGUCUGAUCCCCUACAUCGGCCACGUUCACGACCUCCCUGAAUGUUUCUGGCUCAAGCUCGCAGAAUGGUCCUACAAAUACGGCGGUAUCUACAAGACGCGAAUGAUUGGAUGGAACUUCGUCAUCAUCUCGGAUGAGUCCAUCGCUAAUGACCUCCUCGUUAAGCGCGCAAAGAUCUACUCCGACAGACCCGCCGUGCCAUCCCUUAUUGACUCGAAGAGCAACCAUGGGAUGUUGUCAUACCUGCCACUCAUGGGUAGGAACCAAGCUUGGGUUCGCCAGCGCAAGUGGGCUCACUCGUACCUGACGCAAUCUUCUGCAAUCAAAUACAAGGGCAUCAUGGAGUUUGAGGUCAAGCGCCUGCUCUUCAUUCUCCUCAGCGACUCCGAGAAGUUCAGCUUCCAUAUCGAGAACCAGGCUUCGAAGGUUAUGUGCACGCUUGCAUUCGACGAUCCCAGCUUCAGUCCUCAGAUGCGAAUGAGUGCCUGGGGUCUACUUACUCAGAUGUCACCGAAUGGUCCUAUCACAAAUGUCUUGACACCGCUCUGGCACUUGCCACUCUUCCUUAAUCCGUGGAAGCGAAGCGAACUUGUCCGCCGAGGUAUACAGCAGGCUUUCUGGAUGGACCUGUUGAACGGUGCACGAGAGAAAUGGCAAGCUGGACAGCUGCGACCGUGCUGGGCGAGACAAUAUCUGGAGCUUGGGGAUAAGUCCCCCCUCCUUGGCGACUUCGAGGGUCAUUCUGCUCUUGGCAUGCUCGCUUUGGUUGGCGUAUUCACGGUCGGAGGACCCACCCAAACCUAUUUGAUAGCGAUGAUCCAAAACCCGGAGUGGAUGGUCAAGUGCCAAGAGGAGAUCGAUCGCAUAUGCGAGGGUCGGCCACCAACUCUGCACGACUAUGGCAAUCUUCCGGUGCUCCGCGCUUGCAUCAAGGAGACUUUCCGAUGGAGAUCGCCUGUCCCGACCGGCGUUGCCCACGAGUUAGAGGCUGACGACUACUACCGCGGCGGCUUUAUUCCAAAGGGAACGAGGGUUAUUCCCCUUGACUGGGCCAUGAUGCGCAACAAGGCGAAGUACCCCGACCCUGAGAACUACCACCCAGAGCGCUGGCUUGAGCCGGGAUGGCCAACCUACAAGGUGCCUCUCACUGAGUUCCCGACAAUCAAGGGAAUGUCCUCUUUUGGUUGGGGCAUUCGGGCCUGCCUCGGACAAACUCUCACUCAAGACGCGCUCGUUGUUCUAUGCGGGGGUCUCAUGUGGGCCUUCAAUGUCAAACACAAGACGGACCCGGUCACCGGCGCCAUCAUCCCCAUCUCGCCCAAGACAACCGCCGAGGUCAUCACAAAGCCACUGCCAUUCGAGAUGGUAUUCGAACCGAGAAGCGAAGAGCGCAAGGCUACCAUUGUUUCGAACUGGCUCGAAGCUGAGGCCAAAGACACCAAGGAACGCCAUGAGUUUCUGCGUGCAGCAUCUUCCCACUAG